UGAACUACACACUGAUUCAAACAAAAACUCAACCCUAAUAUUUAAGUAAUCCCCUGAUCAUAAACCUAAUCACUAGUUUUUCCUACACCAAACUGAUUUUUUUCAGCUUAAUGGGCUCUCUUCAGCUUGGUUCUUUCUCUUGAAUUUGAAUUCAAGCAACUUCUUCUUUUCAACUCAAGCUACAUACAGUUGUGGUGUGUUUCCUUUAAUCAGUAUAGAUUCAUGGAUUUUCUGAGAGAAAUAGAUGGCAAACAGAUUCAUGAUCCUAUUCAUGGAAAUAUGAAUGAAUCUUCACGUUGUGUAUGGGUUCCAGGGCCAGUGAUCGUAGGAGCCGGGCCUUCAGGUCUAGCAGCAGCGGCAUGUCUCAAAGAAAGAGGAGUUCCAAGUAUAAUCUUAGAGAGAUCUAACUGCAUAGCAUCUUUAUGGCGGCUCAAAACCUAUGAUCGUCUUACUCUUCACUUACCAAAGCAAUUUUGCGAGCUUCCUCUCAGGUUUCCUCCCGAUUCACCCACCUACCCUACUAAGCAACAAUUCAUUGACUAUCUAGAAUCAUACGCCAAAAGAUUUGAUAUUAGCCCAAGGUUCAGCGAGGCCGUAGCACAAGCUGAGUAUGAUGCAACCCUUGGGUUUUGGCGGGUGAAGACAGUAGGGGGAAAAGGGGAGGAGAAAGAAUACAUGUGUCGGUGGCUGGUGGUGGCGACAGGAGAGAAUGCGGAGGCGGUGGUGCCGGAGAUUGAAGGAAGUGAAGAAUUUGGAGGAGUUUUAAAGCAUACAAGUUUUUAUAUAAGUGGAGAAGAGUUUAAAGGGAAGAGGGUUUUGGUGGUUGGGUGUGGAAAUUCAGGAAUGGAGGUUUGUUUGGAUCUUUGCAAUCAUAAUGCCCGGCCUUCGCUUGUUGUUAGAGAUACAGUGCAUGUUCUACCAAGAGAGAUGCUGGGAAAAUCAACUUUCGGGUUGUCCAUGUGGUUGCUCAAGUGGCUGCCCAUGCGCCUGGUCGACCAGCUCCUGCUCAUCUUAUCAUGGUUGAUGCUUGGCGACACAGCUCGAUUAGGGUUGGACCGGCCGCGGUUGGGCCCCCUUGAAUUCAAGAAUUUGUCAGGAAAAACGCCUGUAUUGGAUAUUGGGACACUAGCCAAGAUCAAAAGUGGAGACAUUAAGGUUUUUCCAGGAAUCAAGCGCUUGAAAAUCAAUGCAGUGGAGUUUGUAAAUGGCAGAAGUGAGAGCUUUGAUGCCAUCAUAUUUGCAACUGGUUACAAAAGCAACGUACCUUCUUGGCUAACGGAAAGAAACAUGUUUUCAGUGGAAGAUGGGUUGCCUCGAAGGCCAUUUCCAAAUGGGUGGAAGGGUGAAUGUGGCCUGUAUGCCGUGGGGUUCACUAAACGUGGAUUACUAGGUGCUUCAAUGGACGCCAAGAGACUUGCCGCUGACAUUGAACGCUGCUGGAAAGCUGAAGCUAAACAUUGUAUGCCCUUUUCUAGCUCACUUUUGUCAAAAUCAUCACCAUGACCGAGUAUAUUUGCUAGUAUAGAAAAAGUCUUUUUCAUUAAGUUUGGAGGAUAAGGGAAAGAGAAAGAAAAAUGCCCUUAUUUUUCAAGAUCAAUCACACCAUCAAGAUUAAAGAGUUUGGGGAAGGAACAGAAGUUUGAGAAUGAAAGUGAGGGACCUGAUGAGCAUAUGCAC